AUGGAGAAUGCUGGGGCUCACUUGAAGGGUGGGGCAAAGAGGGUCAUCAUCUCUGCCCCUUCUGCCGAUGCUCACAUGUUUGUGUUGGGCAUGAACCAUGAGAAGUAUGACAAAUCCCUCAAGAUUGUCAGCAAUCCCUCCUGCACCACCAAUUGCUUGACCCCUCUGGCCAAUGUCAUCCAUGACAACUUUGGUAUUGUGGAGGAACUUGGGACCACAGCCCAUGCCAUCACUACCACCCAGAAGACUGUGGAUGGCCCCUCUGGAAAGCUGUGGUGUGAUGUCCGAGGGGCUGCCCAGAACAUCAUUCCUGCUUCUACUGGUGCUGCCAAGGCUGUAAGCAAGGUCGUCCCUCAGCUGAAUUGGAAGCUCACUGGCAUGGCCUUCUGUGUCCCUACCCCCAAUAUGUCAGUCAUGAAACUGACCUGCUGCCUGGAGAAAUCUGCUAAAUAUGAUGACAUCAAGAAUUUGGUGAAGCAGGGCCCCGUCAAGGGCAUCCUGGACUACACCAAGGACCAGGCUGUCUCCUGCAACUUUAAUAGUGACACCCACUCUUUCACCUUUGAUGCUGGGGCUGGCAUUGCUCUCAAUGACCACUUUGUCAAGCUCAUUUUCUGGUAUGACAAUGAAUUUGGCUACAGCAACCAGAUGGUGGACCUUAUGGUCCACAUGGCCUCCAAAGAGUCAGAGCUUCUGGACUGCCAGCCCCAGCGAGAGCAAGAAGAAGACAGAGGCUCUCAGCUUCUGGGGUGUCCUUGCCCCAACUCAUCCCCCAACACACUGAUAAUCUCCUGA